AUGAGUCUGGUGCCAACGAGCACUAGGACCCAGGAGGAGUAUGAGGACGACUUUGAGAAGGACCUGGAUUGGCUGAUCAGUGAGGAGGGGACGAACGAUGGCCAGGACAAGAAAAGCCUGAAGGAGGAGAAGUGGGCGAGCGAGUCAGAGAAGGCAGAGGAGGAGGAGAGGUGGCCCUCGCCUAUGGAACCUUUGGAGUUCGACUCCGACCGAGACAGUCCACAUAAGGGUGGAUCCCCCGUAGCACCGCCCCCUCCGGUGCUGGAAGACCAACCGGAAGAGGAGAAGAAGUACAUCCUGGAGAAGAUCCAGUUAGCCAAUCGGCAGCUGCAGGACCAGGAAGCGCCGGACAUGACUCGGCGCCGACGCCUUCACUUCAAAGAAACGCUGGUGGAUUUGGUGGUGGCGCCGCUGGAGUACGAGAAAGACAGCAGCACCCCCCAAAAGACGGGGGUGGUAGAGCAGGUGAGCAGCACGGCCAGCGGCAAGGAAAUGUUGGUAGAGAGUGAGGUGUCAGGGAAGCUCUCUGAGCUGAAGAUCACCCCAUGGGAAGGGGAAGGAGGAGGGCAGGGGAUCAAGGAUGGGGGUCGUGGUGGAGGUGGAGAGGCUGGCCAGAGUGGACCGGGGAAAGAGGGAAAAGUCCUGGUGGAGAAAGAUGGCAAGUUUGACCUUGUUAGCCUGAAGGAGGUAGAGAGCCGCGGCCUGAUGCUGCCACCUUUAGCGAGCUUCCCCAGCGACAACACACGCUCGUCCUCCCGUCCAAGUGACCUGAGCCCGAACAAGACCCCCACAUCCUCCCCGCUGCGUCCCAUCUCUAGCACUAUGUCCAUAGGGUUCGAGCACCACCGCGCCCCCAGACCUCCGGCCCAGCCCAGGAACCGGCCCAACUCAGCCAGUCACAGCCAGAGGGGCAGCGGGGGGAGGGGCACCAAGCGCAGGGUGCAGUCGGCCAACAGUACCCCUACCCAGCAGGCCACCUUCACUCUCUCGCCCCAACAGAAGGAGCUACUGAACAAAAUACAGGAGAGGAGAGAGAGGCUCGCCAGAGAGGAGGAGCAGAGGAAGAGGGAGGAGGAUGAGCAGAAGCGUCAGGAGAACGAGCUGGCGUUCCGGGCAUGGCUGGUGAGGAAGAGGGAGCAGUUGCAGGAGGAGAAGAGGAUCUACAGAGCCCAGGAGAUGGAGAGAAGUAAUGGCAGGAGGGAGCACAGUGACCCAGACGAGGCCUUUAAGUCGUGGCUGCAGAGGAAACACGAACAACAGCAGAGAGACAGACAGCUGGAGGAGAUGAAGAGGCUGGAGGAGGAGAGUGGAUUCUACCUGCACAACCGAGAAGAGUGUGAACGAGCCUUCAAACUGUGGCUGAAGAGGAAGCGGGCAGAGAAGCGGGCGGAGCAGCAGGCGGCCAGAGAGCGCUCCCGCAGGCUGGUGUUUGAGGAGCGGCGCGCCCGGCGCAUGCAGGACCUCCUGUGCACCGUCAACGAGACCAAGCCUUUCCGCUUCACUGAGCACCUGGCGUACCGCUUCUGAACCCACCAUUCGCAACAUCAUACCUCGAGAGGAAAUAGUCGAGAUCUGGGCAAAGCUAAGGGUACGGGUACACAGAGACACAUGAACACGGAUGAAAUUGUAUACGACUUAGUUGUCAAUAUUUGCUCUAUAAAAGUACAACUAAUCUUCACUUUUUCACAAGGAUUUCACAAGGAAAAAAUACUUUUUUGGGGGGACAAUCAGCUCCGUUGUCAUUCAUCCUGCAUUGGAUGACUCCCAUUGAAAAAUCAUCGUCUCCACCCGAAAAAACGAAAUCUCAGUGUGGGCGAGGCCUGAGGGAGAGGGGAAUCACCAAAGAAAUCUAGGCUCUGUUCCAGUAUCAACUAGCAUACAACUUUAAAUGAGGCAUUUUUACUGAAAGUGAAUCUUUAGAUGGGAUCAGCACUGUUGAAAGAAGGGUUUUAUUCUCUACCUUUUCAUUUGUCACAGAUGAUCCGUUUAGGACCUCCGAAGUUCUGUUUUCUUCGACGUUACUUCAUAAAACAUGCACAACUCCUAAGGGUCCCGAAUUGAUCAGGCGUCGGGGAUCUAUCCUGUGCUCACUGUGUACAGUACAUAAAGAGAUUAUUUCAUCAAAUGAAUGAUUAUAACCAAGGUGACUGGUUCAAUAGCUGUGUGACAACAAAUAUUUAUACAGAAUGUGAUUAUAGGCCUACUGGCACUUGUUCUCUACAUAGUCAACAGCCUCCUCUCUGUUGCUGAUGCACUUUAACCUAGCCUACUAGAAAACAUUGAGCUCACCAAUGCCUGCAGUGCUAGUAGGUAGUCUGGGUGUGGGUAGCCAUAUUGCCAGUUACCAUAAUGCCUUUAUAAAUCGUUUGUCACUGAGUGUUUUUAGGUUUAUCCUUAAAUCUAUCUUAAGUUAGGUCCUUUGUAGUAGUGGCAUCUACACUGACCACAUUGUCUUCCGUCAGAGGGCGUCAUUCUAAGGCUUCAUUCAAGAUGUUUGAGAGUGGGGGUGCUGCAAAGUUUUUUUGUGUGUGCCUGCGCUACAGACGGCUGUAUCGGUCCGCUAAUACAGGACUAGUAAAAGGCCCAGUGCACUAAUUUUGUGAGAUUUUUCUCUUCUUCUUCUAAACAAAUGUAAAAUAAUUUAUUAAUAUUGCAUUUUUUCCCGAUUUUUCAGUGGGUGUUGCAGCACCCUCAACACCCCUACUUCCCGCGGCUAUCUGAUUUGAGACAAUGCACUGACUAUAGAUGCUAAGAGAUUUAAAAGGAAAGAUGGUUUGAUACUGUAUAUAUCAUUUGUAUUGAGAAAAUCCGGAGUUGGAACAGUCAGUACUAUAAAUAAUUCACCUCUAUGUUUAUCUUGAUAUUUAAGAUCCAUUUCGUUAUAGUCGUAUUCAUGUAUAGAUUUUCAAAUACAUUUUUGUAAAACCACUUCAUCAAAUGUUGGUUACAACUGAACCAAUAGACAAUGUGUUCCCAAAUGUUAAACAAUUUACACAUUCCCAAAUAAUAAAGGACACGG